GUACAGCAUUCAAGGCAGUGCAUUAAUUAUAAUAUUAUAUUCUAUCUCUGAAAAAUGACAGUUAAACUAAUACUCUGAAAAUAACGUUUCUUGCGCCAGUAGUAAGAUAAACCACAAAAUUAAGGUAAACUAGAAAACUUGCUUUUCUCUGCCACCGGGAAGAUAGGACUUUCUUUUUCUCCUGUGGAUUCCUAUUAUCUACGCAUUGAUCAAAACAAAUUCAAACUUUUUAGUUAACACCUCUAUUCAGUGGCAACAGGAAGAUUCUUUGCUUUCGUUGUUGUAGUUGUCGGCUGCUAUUUAUUAUGUCGGAAAACGUGGUUGAAGCUGUUUUUAAUAAAAUGAAUAUCGGCGAUCAAGAUAAGGCCUCCCAGCCAAAGCCCCAGAAAAUAAUUUCAGAGCUGAAACCUUGGCCUCAGUUUAUAGAAGAAAGAAUACAGAUGUGGGAUAAGCUGUAUGCAAAAUAUCAAGAAGAAUUAGCCAGUAAAACACCAGAGGAUAUUAAAAUAACAUUACCUGAUGGAAAAGUCGUUGAUGGACAGUCAUGGAGAACUACACCAUAUCAAGUAGCUCAAGGAAUUAGUCAAGGACUUGCAGAUAAUGUUGUGAUUGCCAAGGUCAAUAAUGAAUUGUGGGAUUUAGAUCGUCCUCUCGAGAAAGACUGCAAAUUGGAGUUGAAGAAAUUUGACAGUGAGGAAGGGAAGCAAGUUUUUUGGCAUUCAAGUGCCCACAUGAUGGGAGAAGCUAUGGAAAGAAUCUAUGGAGGGCAUCUCUGCUAUGGUCCUCCCAUAGAAUCAGGAUUCUACUAUGACAUGUAUACAGAUUGUAUUCCAGUCUCUAAAAAUGAAUAUCCGGUAAUAGAGAAUGUAGUUAAAUCAAUAACUAAAGAAAAGCAGCCUUUUAUAAGAUUAGAAGUAUCUAAGGAAGAUCUUUUAGAAAUGUUUAAGUACAACAAGUUUAAGGUUCGUAUUUUAAAUGAGAAAGUUAAAACUGCAUCCACAACUAUCUAUAGGUGUGGUCCAUUGAUUGAUUUAUGUAGGGGUCCCCAUGUGAGGCACACAGGAAAAGUGAAAGCAUUACAAAUUGUGAAGAAUUCUGCAACCUACUGGGAAGGUAAACAAGAUGCUGAAUCACUCCAGAGGGUCUAUGGAAUCUCAUUUCCUGAUAGCAAGCAGUUAAAAGAAUGGCAGAAAUUCCAAGAAGAAGCUGCCAAACGUGACCACAGAAAAAUUGGAAGGGAACAGGAGCUGUUUUUCUUUCAUGAACUCAGUCCGGGAAGCUGUUUUUUCCAACCAAGGGGUGCACAUAUUUAUAAUGAGCUUAUAGCUUUCAUUAGAGAAGAGUACAAAAAGAGAGGUUUUCAAGAAGUUGUGUCACCAAAUGUGUAUAACAGUAAACUCUGGGAAACUUCCGGGCACUGGCAACAUUAUUCAGAAAACAUGUUUUCCUUUGAAGUUGAAAAGCAAACCUUUGCAUUGAAGCCAAUGAAUUGCCCUGGACAUUGUCUCAUAUUUGACCACCGUCCACGUUCAUGGAGAGAAUUGCCACUAAGACUAGCUGACUUUGGCGUGUUGCAUCGAAAUGAGAUAUCUGGUGCUUUAACAGGACUGACAAGAGUUAGAAGGUUUCAGCAGGAUGAUGCACAUAUCUUUUGUGCUCCUGAGCAGAUUUCUUCUGAAAUCCAAUCUUGUCUUGAAUUUCUGAAACAUGUCUAUGAUGUGCUAGGAUUCACUUUUGAAUUGAAUUUGUCAACUAGACCUGAAAAUUAUCUUGGAGAUCUAGAAGUUUGGAAUGAUGCAGAAAAGCAAUUAACAGAAAGUUUAGAUGCUUUUGGUCAAUCAUGGACUUUAAAUCCUGGAGACGGUGCAUUUUAUGGCCCUAAAAUUGAUAUUACUAUAAAAGAUGCAUUGAAACGUUCGUUCCAGUGUGCAACAAUUCAGCUGGACUUCCAGCUACCAUUGCGAUUCAAUCUGCACUAUGACAGUGUAUCUGGUGAUAAAAGACCUGUGAUAAUCCACAGAGCUAUAUUGGGUUCUGUUGAAAGGGUAAUUGCUAUUUUGACUGAGAGUAAUGCUGGAAAAUGGCCUUUUUGGCUCUCACCUCGGCAAUCCAUUGUAGUUCCUGUUGGUGCUCCUUUUGAAGAAUAUGCUCGACAGGUUUCUUCUGAAAUCAGUAGUGCAGGCUUCAUUUGUGAAAUGGAUGUGGAUCAAGGAGAUACCAUGAACAAGAAAAUUCGAAAUGCUCAAAUUGCUCAAUACAAUUACAUUUUUGUUGUGGGUGAACGUGAAAAAACGUCCCAUACGGUCAAUGUGCGUACUAGAGAUAACGAGGUUCUGGGUGAAUUUAGCAUAUCUGAUGUCAUUUCAAAGUUCAAGAAACUCAAAGAGAAUCGUAUUCCGGAUUCUAAAGAACUUAAGUUUAAGGAACUUUAAACAAACUAAUUUUUUAAUCACAAUGAAUGGAAGCUUCAUCAUCCAAUUUAUUUAUCUUUGAAAACUCUUCAUCAUUCUUUUAUUUAUUGUAAAGGUUUCAUUUGUAAAUUUUUUGGUUAUUCGGUCAAGCUAUAAUGUAACUUUAUUUCUAUUUUUUUAUUUGCAACAACCACAAUCUACUAUUUAAAUCUAUAGAUUCUAUUUAAAUAAACACUAAACCGUAGUUUAAAUAAAGUUUUGAAGUUUGAAAGGC